UAGACGACUACCCUGCUGCCUACCAGACAAUGGAAACACUGUACCACCAAACAAAUAACACGGUCAAGGAAAUUGAGCAAUGCUUUCAGCGACUUGGCCAAGUCACACCACAAGAAGCGCUUGACGUGGAGAAUGCAAUACAAGUUAAAAUUACCCAAGCUAACUCCAACUGCGACCGGCUCGAUGUGUUGCUUUUCAAGGUGCCGCCCUCACAGCGACAGAGCUCUAAGCUGCGGAUAGAUCAGCUUAAAUAUGAUUUGAGGCAUUUGCAAACAUCACUGCAGCACGCGCGGGAUCGUCGCCAGCGUCGACUGCAGGAAAUAAGUGAGCGGGAGCAGCUGCUUAAUCAUAGAUUCGCUGCAAACAGCACAGCUCCAUCGGAGACGUGCCUCCAAUUGGAUUACGAGUUGCAACAUAACACACAGAUGGGAAACGCCCAUCGGGGUGUGGACGACAUGAUUGCGUCUGGCAGUGGCAUACUGGAAAGUCUCAUAUCCCAGCGAAUGACACUAAGUGGGGCCCAUAAACGUAUACAAGCUAUUGGCAGCACACUGGGAUUAUCCAAUCACACAAUGAAGUUGAUCGAGCGCAGGUUGGUGGAGGAUCGGCGAAUCUUUCUAGGUGGCAUGGUGGUGACAUUGCUGAUAAUUGGACUGAUAAUAUAUUAUUUAGUGCUGUAGUCAAACGAAUGAAUAUAUCAUGAUCGGAAUUUAAAUUAAAUUUAGUAUAUAUAUUUGAUUGAAA